UAUCCGUCCCGUUCCCCUCGAUGGAAGCAGAGUACACCCAAAGCCAAAUAAACCCCCUCCCCCGACUCUGCCCCAGGCGCCGGAAAAGGGAGCACGACGAACACCAAGGAGGAGGAGGAGGCCUCGCGCUGCUGCUCUCCAUGGAUCUCGACGCGCCCGACUCGCGCCCGCCGCACCAGCCGCCGGCGCCGUCUCAGGUCCCGAGCAAGCUGAAAGCAGUGUCGCAAGAGCUUGGACAUGAGGUCCGAAUAUUUUCAAGCACAACAUUUGAGACAAUGACCACCAAUCUGCCCAAGGCAGAUCAGGAGGAAGAUGAUGACUUCUAUGAGCUUCAGCCUGCUGAUUAUUAUAAGUUGUUUUCAAACAGGAUGGCGGAACAAUCGAAAGUUCUGAAGACUCGUAAAAUACGGGAAGCAGAACUUGCUGCUCAAAGAGCAAGAAUAACAAAGGCAGUAAUGAGGGUUCGAUUCCCUGAUGGUUACAUUCUUGAGGCUGAGUUUCAUCCAUCAGAGGCGGUACAUAGUCUGGUGGAUCUUCUCAUGAAAGUGAUUGCUAGACCAGAUCUGCCAUUCUAUCUUUAUACAGUUCCUCCAAAGAAGCGAAUACUGGACACCUCUCAGGACUUCUACACAAUUGGAUUUGUUCCUGGAGCUAAUGUCUUCUUUUCUUACGAUCUGCCAGCAGGGUUGGAGUUAGAUGCAGAUGCUGUAAAAUCAGGACCAUAUCUCCGUGAAGAAAUUCAAGCUUUGGAUGGACUAUCACUUCUCUCGGAACCUUCUGAACAGCCUGAUGUUUCUAAGACAAAUUCCGAUUCAGCUUAUCAAUCUGAAGCGCCCCGAUCUUAUUCUGCACCACCACCAAAUAAGAAACCAGCCACACCAAAGUGGUUCAAAAGGUAAGAGCAUGAGAGCACCAAGAGUGCACCACCAGCACAGCAGCCCUUAGUUAGGCCUUUGAGCACUGAAACACAUGAUUCGCCAACUUCCAUGAUUCAACGACUUCAGCUUGGAAAAGGUUGUGUGUACACUGCCAUAGUAUGAGAACUCGAUCCUCUGUGCGCUGGAGUUGUCGUACCAUUGGAACUAGAUCUCAUAUUUUCCUGGUGGUAGCAUGUAAAUUUGAUAUGUCAAAUCGUCUUGUGGGGUUUGUGGUGCUUACCCACCUUUAGAAAUGUGUAAAAGACCACACAGCAGCAGAAACAGAGGAAAGUGACAGCGCUCGGUGUUCUUAACACUUUA